AUGGCCCACUUCAGCCCCACCCUCGACCUAAGCAUCUUCUCCGCCAUGCGCGUCAACAAGAAAUUCCGCGACAUCGCCAUCAGCACCAUCCUGGACGAAACAAUGUCCACAACCAGGAGAAAAGGCUUCGACAAAAGGGUGAAGAAGGUGUUGAGGUUUGAGGACCGGCUUAUUGAGAUCAAGUACGGGACGAGUUGGUCGCGGAUGAUGACUGAGGAUGAUAUGGUCAAGGUGUAUACGCCUGGUAAGGGGUUUGUGUUGGUCACGGAUGAGGGAAUUGAUGAUGAGGUGAACGAUCGACGGGAUAGGAUAGCGCGGCUGAGGGCUUGGGAUUGGGAAUUUGUGAAGUUGUGA